AAAUAAAAAUAAAAUACAUAAAUAAAAACUGAAUCUGAAUAUGGACUCAAUUUUUGUGGCAAUCCCAAUGAUAUAUUUUUUUUUUAGCUCAAACACCGUGAUUUUGGCCAUAUGAAAACAUGCACUAGCACUUGAAACCUUAUUGAGGUGCUUGGCUUGAACAUAAUUUGUUGAACUUUAUCACCGAGGAAAGGCCGAAUAUAACUUGUUGACUAGUAUUUGAGCUCCAUUUUUGACAUGGAGAGAGAAAACCCUGGACUUAUGAAUAUGGACUUUGGAAAGGACAUUCUUGUAAUUUGCAUAAUGAUCCAUUGAAUCUUGCUACUGAUAAGCAAUGUAAUAUACUUCGGAUCUCGGGCCCGAAAUUUACUAUUGAACUUCACUCUGUCCAAAUUUGGAGCCCCGUAUAAAUUGGACCUUUAAUAUAGAACAUAGUGACUUUAAGAAAUUGACCCAAUUGAACUUCAUCAUGAAGCGACCUAUGACAUUGCACCUCUUAUUGAUGAUAGAAGACAAAAAUCUAUAUGUUGAUGAUGCACCCAUUGGUAUUAAAAUUUGUUGAGCUUGAGGAACACCCGAGAAAAAGAAUUGUUGAUGACUUCCGGGGUUGAACCUGGACUCUUGGUGUAAAAAAAAAAAAAAAUUCCUCGUAGAAUUUGUUGAAUUCAUGGACUCUCAGAGAAACGAAUAGUUGAUGCCGAAAUUUCAUUCGAAUGUGUUGCUUUAAUUCCAAUAUUCUGAAUUUUAAUACGGUCAACUCCUUACUAUUUAUACCUGUUAUUUCAGCCAUAUGUCUUCUCGAAAGAAACCCGCUGUCCCGGGGUCAUCGGAACCGGCUCUCAUGAAAGAGAGGGAUGUACCUCCGGCAUCUGAGUGGAGGAAAUCUCCUUAUUUUGGUCGGAAGGACCCCUUCUGGCGGGCGGCUACCUCCACCACUUCUCUUCUAUCUCCGAAGGCGGCUCCAUUAUGUCUCACUGAGGACACUAACUCUGGCCAGGAGGCCCUCAUUUCUCCUUCCUCGGUGCUACGCUUUCGAAUUGAGCAGGGGGACUUUCCAUACUGUUAUCCUCAGUUCAAGGCCUUCUCAAACCCUCCUUUUGGUUGGCAGGAGUGGGUCGAUGAUGUCCUCUCGGACAAGAGCCUCUGUCAACGGCUUCAGGAGGCCCGGCUAUUGAUCCCGGUGAAAAUAUCUAGAUCUCUAUCCAUCCGUCGCAACAAUGCUAGCCUGGAAGCCAUGGCUCUUCGGUGGAGCACCGAGACACACACCUUUAUACUUGGCCAGCACGAGAUGGGGCCCACCCUUGAGGAUGUGUUCAUGUUGCUGCGUCUGGAAGUGACCGGCCCUGAUGCCUUCGACCCUGAGCAGACACCCCCCGAAGAUGAUUCUUUGAUCCAAUCUCUGAAGCUAAAUCUUCAAACUUGUGGUCGGUGGAGUUCCGUUUUUGAUGGUUCAGCGAGGAGGACUAGUCGAGUAAGGACGGACCGUGCCUCCUAUACUGCAUGGAUCCGCCACUUCUUCAAAGAUCUUCAGCCAUUGGCCAGAGAUGCUGACCCUAACUCUCGGGAGUAUGAGGCCGGUCCGAUGUAUGGCUCCAGGCUCUAUUUCUUGGGAUUUCUGGCUUGCUUCCUUUCAUUCUUCAUUCUUCCGAGCACACCUCCGGAUUCCCUCAAUCCUUUCGUCUUCCCCUUGGCAGUCAGGCUCUUCAGAGGAGAUCGGAUCCCUUUGGCUCCACUAUUUCUUGGGAAUCUCUACUAUCGGCUGGAUCUACUACAUCGAGAUAUGGUUCGCUCCGUGGGUCGAUAUGAGCCUGUCUCCUUUAUUCACAGCCAGUUCCUGCUAUGUUUCUUCUUCGAGAGGUUCCCAAAAUUUGCCCCUGCUCCGACUGUAUUCGAGGCGGAGGUUCUUCGGGAGAUAGUGGAUAAAGAUGGCAUCCCCGUGCUCGAUACUGAUGGGUCUCGGACAUUUGAGAAAGCGAAGUCUUGCCAGCCGUUGAUUACACGGUGGUCACGUACCAUUUCCACCUUAUCCUUGAAUACUCUGGUGGAUGAUCCCCAACGCUUUGUGGCACAGCCGUAUGUAUGCCCACCUGUAGGUGUGGCCACACCGCUUAUCUAUCAUGGUUCCUCCCGCUCGGUGUCCUUUCCUUUGCCGAAGAACAUCCCUGCACCUUUUGUUGAUAUGCUGAUUAUGAUCCGUCCGAGUUCAUUACCGGUGUGGCAUGAGGAAGGCGUUGAUAGUGCCGUUUAUAGGCCUGACCGUGUAGCAUGUCAAUUCGGGUUUGAUCAAUGUGCCCCGGGGCCAGCACCUCAUUUAUUAUCAUUUUCAGAGAGCUACAGGCGCUUCAGUCGCCGGCUUGUACACACCGUGCUUCCCAUAUCCGGCUCUUUGACGAUGCCAGGCUUGAGCCGAGUAGGGGGUUUCACCCCCUCUUUCAGGCGGUAUUGGCAGAAGAAUAUCGAUGCGUUUAUUGCAUUUGUCCAGAGCAGACCGACCGUAUGUUUGCCUCCGCCGAUUUAUAAGAAGGAUUCUUCUCUUCGGCUACCCGAGAGCCGAAAAUCUGACCACAUGUACGAGAGUUUCUU